AUGGCGAGCUGGCAGGCCGGUGGUGAAGAUUAUGGUGGUGGUGCUUACGGUUACCAACCCUACGGUGGAAUUUCGGCCUCGUCUCACGGUUCACUCACGGACGGAACGCCACGGAUGCAUCCGUCGUACGAAACCCAGCAACAGCUUCAGCAACAGCAGCAACAACAGCACGUGGCCUGGAGCGGGCCCGAGACGGGUAGUUCCGAAAUUCCGCUCCUGAACGACGACCACGAGAAGGCGAUCCUCAGCGACCUGUGCGAUCAGGCCGUCGGCGAGAGUACGCCACUGUCCACGUUCAGCUACAUCAGCGAGUACAUCUGCUCGAACAACAUCGACAUUUGGCCAGGCGAGACGCCCGGGAUGGGCUGUGGUGUGCCGUCGGCGUUAGGCAACUCCACCGGCGAUCCGAAAAUAUCCGACGAUCAGCGAUCGUCGGCAGCGAUGUCGAGUUGCAUGCACCAGCAGUUGUUUACCCGUUGCAAGAGUGUCCUCGAGUCGAUCAUCGCCCGGAACGAGCAGAUACUGGAGCUGCUGCGUCAGAGACAGCAUCAGCAACAGGGUGCGUGCAAACCAAGGCGACAGUAG